UUCUUUCUACCUUACGUGCUGUCUUCUUCCUCCUUCUUUCCUUCACCAGCACCAUUCAAAUCGAAAUUCAAACCCAUUCAACCCUCCAAACCCUAAUCCCAAGUAAUUAUCAGCUUAAUCAACCCCAAAAUCCGAUCCAAUUAAUGAAGCCAUGAAAUUAUAGUAAUUAGUAAUUAAUCAACGGUUCCCGGUUUCUGCAAAUCACACACAGCGAUGCCGAGCGUGGCCGUGAAACUCUACAGCGUGUUUUUCAAGUUUCUCUUAAAGCACCGUUUGCAGAACCGGAUCCAAGCACCGCCCGAAGACUCCGACUCUUUCGGCGUCACGACCCGACCCGACGAAUCGGUGGCUCCGGCCAACCCUUCAUUCUCCGACGGCGUUGCCACCAAAGACAUUCACAUCGACCCCUUAACCUCUCUCUCCAUUCGAAUUUUCCUUCCCGAUUCCGCGCUCGAGCCUAAUUCCAAACCUAGCUCCAAACCCGAACCCGGAUCGGCGAACCCCAAAACGGCGUCGUUAAGCAGGCUGAGGCGCAACAGCUACGAGCCGGCGAUUUUCUUGCCGCGGGAGGAGGAGCGGCGGAACAGCGUCGGCGAUGUCGGCGCGUACCGGGGGUACGCGCCGGCGCCUUCGGGGGAAGGUCGCCGGAAAAAGUUGCCGGUGGUUCUACAGUUCCAUGGUGGGGGGUGGGUGACCGGGAGCAACGAUUCGGUGGCGAACGACGUGUUCUGCCGGCGGAUCGCGAGGCUCUGUGAGGCGGUGGUGGUGGCGGUGGGGUACCGGCUGGCGCCAGAGAAUCGGUACCCGGCGGCGUUCGAGGACGGGAUGAAGGUGCUGAAUUGGCUGGCGAAGCAGGCGAAUUUGGCGGAGUGUAGUAAGUUGAUGGGGGGUAGGAGGUUGGAGGGCCAGCACAAGCAUAUUGUGGGUUCCUUUGGGGCAUCAAUGGUUGAGCCUUGGUUGGCUGCUCAUGGAAAUCCUUCAAGGUGUGUUCUUCUUGGCGUGAGUUGCGGUGCAAAUAUUGCAGACCAUGUGGCUCGAAAAGCUGUAGAAGCAGGCAAACUUCUGGACCCUGUCAAGGUGGUGGCACAGGUCCUGAUGUAUCCAUUUUUUAUUGGAAGUGUGCCCACUCGUUCUGAAAUAAAGUUGGCAAAUUCUUACUUUUACGACAAGGCCAUGUGUAUGCUAGCAUGGAAACUAUUCCUACCUGAGAAAGAGUUUAGCCUAGAUCAUCCAGCCGCCAAUCCUCUAGCCCCAGAUCACAGUCCUCCUUUAAAGAAGAUGCCUCCAACAUUGACAGUGGUGGCAGACCAUGACUGGAUGAGGGACCGCGCCAUUGCCUAUUCAGAGGAGCUAAGGAAGGUGAAUGUUGAUGCACCUGUUUAUGAGUAUAAAGAUGCAGUCCAUGAAUUUGCAACACUUGACGUACUUCUCAAAAGCCCCCAGGCCCAGGUUUGUGCCGAGGACAUUGCCAUCUGGGUCAAGAAAUAUAUUUCGCUUCGAGGUCAUGAAUUCUCUUAUUGAGCAGUAUUUAAGAUGAUGGUUCAGUGAGAAAAUCUUUUCCUCAUCUUUGAAAUCAUCUUUAGGUCAUUCUUUUACAUGAUUUGUUUUGGUGGUUUACAAGGUCCUGCUGUCCUUCUUGUUGAUUGGUUCCACGUUCCCUCCACCUGUCAGUUCUUGUUGUAAGAUAGAGUUGUUUGAGAGCGGAUUAGUUGAGCUAGAGAGAGAUUCAUUCACCUCCAUGCACACUGCAUUUGGAAGCCCCUGUUCCAUUUUUUUCUUGUGUAUUUUGAUGUAAUAUUUCUCAUGAUAUAUUUGUUGAUCUAUUCUUUUAGCAUUAGGGUCAUCGAUCAUGCAGUCUCCAAUCUAUUCUGCUCUCUGCAACUUUUGGAGUAGUGGAGUUCAUAGUUAAUUAAUUUUGUACAAGAGACCACUUCGUUGUGCUUCGUAUCAUUAAGAUUUCAGAUUAAAUAAACAAUUUCCCAUAAGAUACCUUUCAUAGAUGGUCUCUAGGAUGAAGAUAUAGAGUUUCUUUAAUAAUAUUAGCCAAAAGCUAAAGCCGAUUUUGCUUAGUUCUUUGUAGAUAUUGGAAGCACUUUGAGGGAAUGGGAGCCACCACUCUGACCCUGUGGGGAGUAUGGACCAGGGUUCAUGAACCUGUAAGAUCUUCUGGGCUUAUUUGGAUAGGUGGCAUCUCUGCUGACUGACCUGUAACCAUGAGUUCACCAGAAAGUAACUAUGGUUGCAGGAAAAGUGUCUUGUUACUUUCGAAAGUCAAGCAGUGUUACGAAACAAGGGAAGAGAAACGGUUGUACAUUAUGUAUCAUAUGACAUAUUUUACACCUUGUUUGAGGAGGGGGCAAAAUAUAUAUAGUGUGUUGAAUUA